AUGUAUGGCUGGCCACCGCACGUUCCCGUUGCCCGUGGCUCCGAAAAGUUUAAGGGCCAGAUUUUGCACUCCUGCACCUUCACGGAUCGUAGUGUCGCCGCGGGCAAGAAGGUGGUCGUCGUUGGUGGUGGUAAAUCCGCAGUUGACAACGCGGUGUCCGCAGCCAAGGCGGGCGUCUCCAGCGCCCUGGUUUGCAGAUCCUGGCACUGGCCUGUUCCACGCUACUUGCUGGACUGGGUGCCCUUCAAGUAUGCGACCUACAACCGUUUUGGGCAUUGGUUCGUGCACCCCCACCACAGCGAAGGUCCGGCAGCACAAUGGCUCCAUGGUACAUGCGCACCCGUCAAGUGGCUCUGGUGGCGCAUCGUGGAGACGAUGUUCCGCAGCCAGUUCAAGAUCCCCAAGGACAUGAUUCCAGACGAGGGCAUCGACGUCGAUCUCUUCACCGGUGGGCAGAUAUUGGACUACGAGUUCCGGGACAUGCUGGCAGCCGGGAAGAUUCAGCCGGUCACAGGGGCUAUUGACAAAUUCACGGAGACCGGGGUCAUCCUCACUGAUGGCAAGGAGCUGGAAGCCGACAUCGUGAUCUACGGGACGGGCUUUACCAAGAACUACGACAUCUUCGACAAGGUAAUCCAGGAAAAGCUCAACAUCCAAAAGGACGGGCUCUACCUGUACAGGAACAUCAUCCCGCCGCAGGUGCCAGAUGUGGCUUUCAUUGGUUGCGAAGUUGCCACCUUCAACAACAUCUUGACACACGGCCUGCAAGCGCUCUGGCUGCAGAAGAUGUUGGCUGGAAAGAUGCAGGUCCCCAAGCCGGGAGCCAUGGAGAAGGUGAUUGAGAAGGAGCGCGCCUGGAAGCGAAGCUGGAUGCCACCCUCAAGUGCUCGUGCGUGCCUCUACCAGCUGCACAUGACCAAGUACCAUGACAUGCUGAUUCAGGACACGGGCGCGUCGCGCUUCCGGAAGAUGCCCAACUGCUUCGGCGAGCUCUGCUUGCCCAUCACGGCGGCCGACUUUGCGGAUCUUUUCCCGAAAAGCUCCAGGUGA